AUGCCAGCUACGAUGUUAGUUACUUAUGCAAGUGUAUUGAUAUUAUUACUAAUCUAUCAAACUGAAUGUGCUAUGGUAGCUACUGCUACGAUGUAUCUCAAUGGUUCAAAUACAACAUGUGGUAAUUUAACAUUCGUUCAAUCGAAUUCAAGCUCGCCAGUUAGCGUAACUGGUAUGAUAUCUGGAUUGACUCCAAAUAGUACACAUGGUUUCCAUGUUCAUACGCUUAGUAUGUCAACAUAUUCUCCGGAUUGUACUGUCGUUGGUGAUCAUUUCAAUCCUUACAAUACUUCCCAUGGGCCAAUAACAGCAAAUAUAACUAGCCGGCACGUUGGUGACCUUGGAAAUCUUGCAAUGAAUACAAAUGGCUCCGUUUACGUCAACAUCACGGAUUCAAUCAUUCAACUAUAUAAUACAACACAAUCGAUUGUUAAUCGAACGAUCAUUGUGCACCUUAAUGCUGAUGACGGAGGCCUAGGUAAUUCAAGUACAAGCAACACAACUGGAAAUAGUGGCUCACGUAUUGUCUGUGGUCUGAUCACAUUGUCUUUAGACGUCGCUAUGAGCACAACAACAACGACAACCACCACGUCAGCUAGCACAACUUCGGCUACCAGUACGACCUCUCAAACGACUACAACAACAACAACGACAACCACCACGUCAGCUAGCACAACUUCGGCUACCAGUACGACCUCUCAAACGACUACAACAACAACAACAACUACAACUACUACUACUACUAAAUCGUCGGCAAUUAUAUUGUAUGCUAAAUGGUUGUCAUUCAUUUUCCCGAUGAUAUGCAUAUCUCAUUACACGUUCGCGCAGUAG